AUGCCGCUCUGUUUGUUACGAUCUCCAGUGCAGGUGAGCAGGCCAGUAUGUGUAGAUGUGCCCUCGGAAACAGAGGCGGUCGUUGGGAACCCCAUGAAACUGACCUGCAUCUCCUGUAUGAAGAGAGAGGAGGUCAGCGCAGAGACACGCGUGGACUGGUACUACAUCCCACCUGACGAAGAACCCAUCCCUGUAGGUCUCCUCCAUCUAACAUCCAUUCGCACAAACAAUAUCAUUACAAUUAUUUCACCUGAUGAGAGGACCAGCCAUUUUUCCUGACCAUGUGACCUGACCAGGAAUUAUUGCCUAUAACUAGGGCAUGGAGGUUUUUCCUGGUCAGGCUGAAUGGUCUACAAGUACUUUGAACUAUGAGGGAAAAAUCUGGUGAAGUUAGCUAACAACGAUUACAGUGUGUGUGUGUGUGUGUGUGUGUGUGUGUGUGUGUGUGUGUGUGUGUGUGUGUGUGUGUGUGUGUGUGUGUGUGUGUGUGUGUGGUGUGCGUGUGUGUGUGCCUGCUACAUUGCCCCCUCAGAUCUACCUGUUUGAUGGGCACCCCAGGGAGCUGGAUGGGCCUUGGCAGGGUCGCUUGGUGUGGAAUGGAAGUAGAGACCUGCAGGAACUCUCCAUCAGUAUCCUCAACGUCACAAUGAACGACACGGGCACCUACAAGUGUGUGGUGUUCCGGCAGUUUGAGUUUGAGUCCUACUCCCCCUCGGUUAUCAAAACCCUGGUAAUCAACCUGGUGGUCAGACAGGAAGGUGAGAGUACUUCCUGUUCCUUCCUAUUUUGUAAUUUUACUUCCUGUUCUUUCAAGCUCCUUGCUGGAGGCUUAACUGUCUGUGGUUUGCUGUGUGUGAUUUACGUAUUUAUAUGUGCUUUGCCCCUUAAACCCUCUUCUCCUUGGUUGUUGCCAUGUGUUUUGACAAAACUUAAAAGUAAAGUGUAUUAUUUUUCUUAGGUGCUAUUAGGUAUGUUAAUCGUAUUUACAAUUUGCAUUAAAGAAAAGGGUUAUUGCAUGAGUAAUGAGUGUGUUUUUGUUCAGUUUUGAUUAUUAUCAAAGCUCAAUUGAAGGCCUCUUAUAGUAAGGGAAGGUUUUUUUUAACCAACUACUUUACUAUCUAUUAUAAGGGGUAAUGUACAUCAUUUGGUUUCUAUUUACUGUAUGCUUACUGGAUGUUCACCUUACUCAAAUAUACUAUUUAAUAUGUAUAUUUGUAUAUCAUUAUUCCUACAUUCACUUUACUCUAUCUGCCUAUCUAUUGUGGACUGCUGGGGUUCAUAUAGAUAUACUUAGUUGUAUCAAAGUUGCUAGUUCAUAUCUGCAUACAUCUACAUUUGAUAAUAGUCAUUACCAACUAUAUUUUAGUUUGCCCUUGUAUACAUUACAUGAAACGUACAACUUUUAUUUUGCAACUCAUACCAUAGUAGUGUCCAAUUGCAAAAAGCUGCGGGUCAGCAGGCAAUUUUUCAUUCCCAUAUAAGAAGGGAUUAUGAUAAGUUUUAUCUUUCUGCAGCUAUUUGGAAGUUUCACACAGAAAAUGCUGUGCCUCAGGCUUCGUGGAGUUUGGCACCAAUUCAUUGACACAGUGGUUCUCAUCAGAUCCAACUCUCACGUGUAGGGAGGAAGACAACCUUAUUUAAAUAUAAGGAAAAUCUUUCCGCUUAUAAACGGUAAAAAAAAAAAAACGUAUCAAUCUAAUCUGCUCUAUUCAUUUGAUAAUAUUGUACCAAUAUCUUGUAGUAUAGUGGCACAGCAGUGAUACAGCCCGAGUGGCGCAGCGGUCUAAGGCACUGCAUCUCAGUGCUAGAGGCGUCACUACAGACCCUGGUUCGAUUCCAGGCUGUAUCACAACCGGACGUGAUUGGGAGUCCCAUAGGGCGGCGCACAAUUGGCCCAGCGUCGUCCGGGUUUGGCCGGUGUAGGCCGUCAUUGUAAAUAAGAAUUUGUUCUUAACAAACUUGCCUAGUUAAAUAAAGGUUAAAAAUAAAGAGUGGACUUCCUUAUUUGCCAGUAUUAUUUUUUAAACGAGAAAAACCCAAAAUUAACAUUGAGAACCGCUAUUAUCAUACAUGUUUCUGCUGAUUUCUUUCUCUAUGUAUUAUAGCAAGAAGUUUUGCUAUAGCAUGGUUUAACCUUUUAUGUUACAAAUAUGAAGCCUAAACGCUCCAGUUUAAGGCUGGUAGUACUUGUGCAAGAGGGAUGACAAUGGGUCAAUUAAAUGCAUAGUUAAAUUAAGACCUUGUGUGUAUACGAAAACGAGGGGAAGAGAUGAUCGUUGUUUAAUACACUGUUGGGUUUGCAGUGUUGCAAGACAGUAUGACUAUUUUUUAAACUGAGGGAACUUGACCUAUCAAUAUGUGCUACAUACAAUAUCUAACGUGUUUUGCAUAGAGCUACGCUAACUAUCUCAUCAGCUGGCAAUAAAUUGCCUGGUCAAGAGUGGUAGAGAAUGUAUUAUGCAUGCAGGAAAACACUAAAGCAUCAUGAGAGGACUUUUUGGUUAUUCCCAAUAAGGUUACGUGAAACACUAUCCUGUAUACUUUACACAUGUGAUUAUACUAGCAAUAAUUGGAUCUUACCAUCUUUAUCAUUGGACCAUUAUCCAAUCAAAUUUGUAUUCUCAAUAUGUUCCAAAAAAAACUCUCAUAUGUACAGACUAAGCAUGCUUAACUGCCUCCUAUACAGAAUGAGAUUGACUUCACCUGGCUAACAGAACAAGCUGUAAUGCCCACAUUUGGACUGUUUUGUAGUUUUGAUUGUGAGUGAAUGGAUACAUCAGAAAUAGAUUGCUACAUACUGUUUUAAUUAGAAUUGUCACUUUACUGCUAGUGGCGACAGGACAGUUAUUUAUUCUGGCUGAUAUGCUGGGUCUCAAAACACAUUGAGAAUCUGUUUACCGUCCCAUAUAAGAAAAUAGGCCUACACAGUUAUCUAACUAACAAAUAGUCAUCCUUACUACUCUAUGCCUUAAUUCACAAAAACUUGUAGAACAGUCUGUGCAGGAUUUACAGUAAGUCCCUAUCAAACCAAUGCAGUUUAUAACAUUGUCUAUUUCAGUUGUCUUGCAGUGUUCUAUCCAAGCAGAUGCGGUGUGGGUUGUGUCAUAGAGAUGGAAAGAGGGCACACCUAUCUUUGCCAUUCAUCACUUCUGUGACAGCAUGGGCAGAACCAUUGAGGGCUAUAUCAAUUUCAAAGUAGUCAGUGUCUUCUUCUUCUACUUCUGUGAGUUUUAUGGCGGUUUGUAAUCAAACUAAAAAGGUGUAUACCUCCACCUACUGUGUUAGUGUGUAUAGUCUGAACAGGCAUAAAGCAAAAGUUAAUGAUUUAACUGCCACCUGUGGUGCUUGAAUCUUUACUCAGGAGUAUUUGGCUGAUCCCUUCUGCUGACUUGGAAGGAAUUCUAUGAUCCUUCCUUAACCCAUAGGUAGUCUCACCCAGUUGAUUACUUUAAAAUGGUGAAAACCUUUAAUGGCGCUGCCAAUGCUAAAACCGACUUUGUAUCAAGUGUACCCUAUAUCCAUCUCUAUGGGUUGUGUGUGUCUGUCUGGCAGCCAGUGACGACACCACUGCCCUGUACUCAGAGAUCAUGAUGUACGUCCUGCUGGUCUUCCUCACCUGCUGGCUCCUGGUGGAGAUGGUCUACUGCUACAGGAAGAUCUCCAGGUCAGACGAGCAGGCCCAGGACACCGCGUGA